UCCCCUGGCAGCAAAGCCGCCGUUGUCCUCCCCACCCCCACAAAGGGUGCAAAAUGAGGAAGUGGUGGGAGGGAAAGAAAAUUCGUCACAAUCGUUGUAAGAGCAGAAAGGCAAAAGCCGAGUGCUUGGGAUGGCCCUGGGCUGUCGGUGACAGGAGCCGAGCGCCCCGGGACACAGGGACAUCAUGGGCAGCAAGGAGCGCUUCCACUGGCAGAGCCACAAUGUCAAGCAGAGUGGCGUGGAUGACAUGGUGCUGCUGUCCAAGAUCUCAGAGGAGGCCAUCGUGGAGAACCUCAAGAAGCGUUUCAUGGAUGAUUUCAUCUUUACCUACAUUGGGCCCGUGCUGAUCUCCGUGAACCCCUUCAAGCAGAUGCCGUAUUUCACCGAGCGGGAGAUCGAGCUGUACCAGGGCGCGGCCCAGUAUGAAAAUCCCCCCCAUAUCUACGCCCUGACUGACAACAUGUACCGGAACAUGCUGAUCGACGGGGAGAACCAGUGCGUCAUCAUCAGCGGAGAAAGCGGAGCUGGGAAAACGGUGGCAGCAAAAUACAUCAUGGGCUACAUCUCCAAAGUGUCUGGGGGUGGGGAGAAAGUCCAGCACGUGAAGGACAUCAUCCUGCAGUCCAACCCGCUGCUGGAGGCCUUUGGAAACGCCAAAACUGUCCGGAACAACAAUUCCAGCCGCUUCGGAAAAUACUUCGAGAUCCAGUUCAGCCGGGGUGGAGAACCCGAUGGGGGCAAGAUCUCCAACUUCCUGCUGGAGAAGUCACGCGUGGUGAGCCAGAACGAGUGCGAGCGGAAUUUCCACAUCUACUACCAGCUCAUCCAAGGGGCAUCCCAAGAGCAGCGGCAGAAUUUGGGCAUCAUGAGCCCGGAUUAUUACUUCUACCUGAACCAGACAGACACCUACCAGGUGGAGGGCACAGAUGACCGCAGCGACUUCCACGAGACCAUGAACGCCAUGCAGGUCAUCGGCAUCUGCGGCGAGGACCAGCAGCUGGUGCUGCAGAUCGUGGCAGGGAUCCUGCACCUGGGCAACAUCAGCUUCCGGGAGCAGGGCAACUACGCCCAGGUGGAGAACGCUGACUCCCUGGCCUUCCCUGCCUACCUGCUGGGGGUCGACCAGGAGCGCCUCAAGGAGAAGGUCACCAGCAGGAAAAUGGACAGCAAGUGGGGCGGCCGCUCCGAGUCCAUCACUGUCACCCUCAACGUGGAGCAGGCGGCCUACACCCGGGACGCCCUGGCCAAGGGGCUCUACGCCCGCGUCUUCGACUUCCUUGUGGAGUCCAUCAACCGGGCCAUGCAGAAGCCGUACGAGGAGUACAGCGUCGGGGUGCUGGACAUCUAUGGCUUCGAGAUAUUCCAGAAAAAUGGCUUUGAGCAAUUCUGCAUUAAUUUUGUGAACGAGAAGCUGCAGCAGAUCUUCAUCGAGCUGACCCUGAAGGCAGAGCAGGAGGAAUAUGUGCAGGAGGGGAUCAAGUGGACACAGAUCCAGUACUUCAACAACAAGGUGGUGUGUGACCUGAUAGAGAACAAGCUGAACCCCCCCGGGAUCAUGAGUGUCCUGGAUGAUGUGUGUGCCACCAUGCAUGCCACGGGCGAGGGCGCUGACCAGACCCUGCUGCAGAAGCUGCAGGCAGCCGUGGGCACCCACGAGCAUUUCAACAGCUGGAGCUCAGGCUUUGUCAUCCACCACUACGCUGGCAAGGUGUCCUACGAUGUGAACGGCUUCUGUGAGCGCAACCGGGACGUGCUGUUCACUGACCUGAUCGAGCUCAUGCAGAGCAGUGAAUACGGUUUCAUCCGGAUGCUUUUCCCAGAAAAACUUGAUUCUGACAAAAAGGGACGACCGACCACCGCGGGCUCCAAAAUCAAGAAACAGGCCAACGACCUGGUGAACACGCUCAUGAAGUGCACCCCACACUACAUCCGCUGCAUCAAACCCAACGAGACCAAGAAGCCCCGGGACUGGGAAGAGAGCAGGGUGAAGCACCAGGUCGAGUACCUGGGGCUGAAGGAGAACAUCCGGGUGCGCCGGGCAGGGUUCGCCUAUCGCCGCCUCUUCCACAAGUUCCUGCAACGCUACGCCAUCCUCACCCCCGAGACGUGGCCGUCGUGGCGCGGGGAUGAGCGCCAAGGGGUGCAGCACCUCCUGCGCUCGGUCAACAUGGACCCGGAGCAGUACCAGAUGGGCCGGAGCAAGGUGUUCGUCAAGAACCCCGAGUCGCUCUUCCUGCUGGAGGAGAUGAGGGAGAGGAAAUUUGACAGCUUCGCCCGGGUGAUCCAGAAGGCCUGGCGCCGGCACAUCGCCAUCCGCAAAUACGAGCAGAUGAGAGAGGAGGCCGCCAGCAUCCUCUACAACUUCAAAGAGCGGCGGAGGAACAGCAUCAACAGGAAUUUCGUGGGCGAUUACCUGGGCAUGGAGGAGCGGCCAGAGCUGCGCCAGUUCCUGGCCAAGCGGGAGCGCGUCGACUUCGCCGACUCCAUCACCAAAUAUGACCGGAGGUUCAAGCCCAUCAAGCGGGAUUUCAUCCUCACCCCCAAGUACUUCUACCUGAUCGGGCGGGAGAAGGUGAAGAAGGGGCCUGAGAAGGGGCAGAUCAAGGAGGUGCUCAAGAAGAAGGUGGAGCUGCAGGCGGUGAGCGGCGUCUCGCUGAGCACCAGGCAGGAUGACUUCUUCAUCCUCCACGAGAAUGAUGCCGACAAUUUCUUGGAGUCCAUCUUCAAGACGGAGCUGAUCAGCCUCCUGUGCAAACGCUUCGAGGAGCUCACUCGCUCCAAGCUGCCCCUCUCCUUCAAGGACACACUACAGUUUCGGGUGAAGAAGGAGGGCUGGGGUGGCGGUGGCACCCGCAGCGUCACCUUCAUCAGGGGACAGGGCGACGUGGCCGCCCUCAAAGCUGGAGGCAAAACCCUUACGGUCAGCAUCGGGGAUGGGCUCCCCAGGAAUGCCAAGCCCACAAGGAAGGGGGCAGCACAGGGCAGAGGUGGCGACAGGCGUCAGGCACCGUCCCGAAGUGCCCCACCAGCACCCAGAGGAGCCUGCAGGAACGGGGGCCCCCAGAUGCCCCGCGGCGAUGCCUGGGCCCAGAGAGACACCUACAAGAUGCCCCAGAAGCAGACGCGGGGUCCCCCGGCCGCGGCUCUUCCUGCCCGCCCCGCCGGCCACCAGCCCAAGGCACGGCCCCCAUCUGAGCACAACAUGGACUUCCUCAAUGUGCCUGACCAGGGGGUGGCUGGGAUGCAGCGCCGGCGCAGCGUGAGCCAGCGGCCGCCCCCGGCCCGGCGCCCCAAGCCCCAGCCCAAGCCCCUGGGGUACUUGGCUGACUCCCUGGAUGCUCCAAAGUCCCAGGAUGCUCCAAAAGCCCUGGGAUGCUCCAAGGCCUUCAGGAUGCUCUGA